CACCUUGGCUGGCAUACUUGCUGGUUGUUUGUAGUGGUGCAGCACCAACAAAACAAACCCGCUCGUCAGUUUGUUGUUAUUCUGCUUCACAACUGUGUUGUUAUUCUGCGUAGGUUUACUGUAGCACCAGUGGCCCUAUAGUUUUGUGCGAAUAUGAAUCGUUCUACAGUUGUUAGCCUUGUGCGGUAAGCUUCACCAGCAUAAGCUUGUUUAGUGCUUGCACAACUGUUGCAGCCGAACAUCGAAAUGCACCAACUGCAUCCCGUAGCUCAGUGCAAAUGGUGCGGCAAACUUUCAAACGACUGGCGAGCAUUCAACGCCAGUGCGGUUGUCUCGGGAAAAGAUGUGAUAAUUCGUGAGAUGGUCGAUGUUUUCCAGCUGCCUCAGGGUUGGAAUACUGAUCCGGACGAUGGGAUAUGUAUCAAAUGCUUGGAACGAUUAGAAUACUGCUACCAGUUCUAUGGAACGUUACUUGCUACAGCUGCAAAGGAAAGCACUGUGUCCAGCGAACUAACACCCAUAGAGGCGCGCUCCUUUGUAAGGUGUGCUGGCUGUGAUGUUUCAUUUCCCUCCCAGCUAGAGCUAGAAAAACAUGCCAAAACUCAACAUCCAAAUGGAAGCGUACACCAGUUUCAUUACUGUCGGGUGUGCAACAAAUCGUUUAAAACCAACCGGGGCAUGCUACAGCACCGUGCAAUCUAUCACGACGCGCAGGAAAGCUACGGCUGUCACAUUUGCGAACGACAGUUCCUUACCAAAACCAACUAUCGAAACCAUAUGCGCCAUCAUCAAGAUCGAGUGUGCAGUUUUUGUAACAGCGGAUGGAUAACCGACGCCCACCUGCUGGAACACGUGCGCACCAGCCACACGGAUCGGCUGUUUGUGUGUCGGUUUUGCAACCGAAAGGAGCAGCUAAAGAAGUGUCUUAAUCGCCAUCUACGCACAACCCACCAGCAGGAAACGAAUCCUUACUUCUGUGGCCACUGUGGGACCACGGCCGCCGCCGGCAGUUGUUCGUUCGAGAGUAUGCAACUGCUAACCGAUCAUUUGCAGCAAGUACACCGCGAGGAUCAUGGCGAGACAGUUGACGAAAAGAAUGCUUACGGGGCUAUUCUGCACGACUCUCUGUUUUCGAAGGAGCUCGAUUUACCAGAAAUGGAUGAAAUCGUUAAGGAGCAAGAGCUGUUUCUGCAAAACUUCCAUCUGAUUAGGAGCGGCCAUGAGAAGCAAGAAUUUUCAAGCAAGAACCCAUCGGAACCACGCAUCGAUCAACGCAUGGUGCUGGAAGAUUUUCUCGACGAAGCGUUCGAGAACGAUGAAAUCUGGAACAAGUACAUCGAGAACGGCGAGGAGUAUCUGAUCGACGAUUACGAUUUCUAUUUGAAAGGAGCAGAAACUUCCUCGGAGCAGGCGUUGUGCGCGUAUCUGUGCCCACAGUGUCAGCGAGGGUUUCAAAAGCAACAUCAUCUGACCGUUCAUCUUGCCGAGGACCAUGAUGUACCCAGCAUGGUGUGUAACGAUUGUGGAGCCAGCUUUACGCGUGUUUCGCACUAUCGCACUCAUCGGCGGGAGCAUCUGAAGGACAAUGUGCGCUUCCGGGAGAGUAACAUUCCCGAAAUGGAGGAAGCUUUGUCGCUGGUGCAAACCUCAUCGCUCGAUUAUUCGGUGCACGAGGAAGAAGGUGGGUACGUGUUCACGUGCAAUCUGUGCGAUCGCACAUUCCAGCGGAAGCACAACCUGGAAAAGCACCGAUGCCAGUUCUACGAACGUCACACCCCACCACAGCCAGCGGAUGAUGGAGCGACCCGGCAGGCGGGCAAUGGAGCGCAGGAUUUGCCUGCUAACCGGGAAGUCAUCUACUGUAUGCUUUGUGAUCGUCGGUUUAGCUCAACCUCUGGGCUGAAAUAUCAUCUGAAACGACACACGGGCAUCAAAGCGUUCGCGUGCUUGUACUGCGAAAAACGGUUUACAGCCAACUCGAAUCUGAAUGCACACAUGCGGAACGUGCAUAGCCAGCGGAAGGACUAUCGGUGCACCGAGUGCAACGAAUCGUUUACUACCAAAGAUCACCUUAACAAACAUCAGCGCGCACGGCAUCGUCAGGAGCGCGCAUUCGUGUGUGGCGAAUGUGGCAAGAGCUACCUGCAACGAUCGCAUCUGAACGAGCACGCAGCAGCGAGCCAUCGAGACGAUAGAUACAUGUGCAGCGUUUGCAACGGGUCGUACGUUAGCAAAAGUUCGCUGAAACGACAUCAGCAGCAGAAACAUGGCGUUUCGUAAAAAGGAAAUAUAGCUAUUGAGGACGAAGAAUCCAAGCCCACUGAGGCUCGUAAUAUACUUACCUGUCCGGAUCCGAAUCUUUCACGUUCGAUCAUCGCCUUCAAAUUACGGGUUUGGCCCUCUUUUGGAUCAGCUGUUCGGUUGCUAUUCCCUUGAUGUUGCUUUGCUGUUCUUGGGCCGCUUUUCUAAUUGAUCGUUUACUGGCUGUACCAAUGCACCUCCCAGCCCCAUAGGGAUCAUACGCCUCAGCGGUCCGUUCAAACACCCCCUAGAGCCGUUCAAACACCGGUUCCCCCAGGGAAGAUGAACCAGACGCGUCAGGCCAUGUCCCACGCUUCUCAGGUUAUCGGAGUUCUACUUUACCAUUCGGUUUAAGCUUCAGACUGGACUGUUUGUGACGGUCUUUGCAGGAGCAACCAAACAUCGCUUACCUUGACUAUGUUCGCCGACCCCGUUCGAGUUUGCCAAGCCCGAGUGCGCCGCAUGCCACGCCUUGCCUGCCUCGCUGUUGAGCAGCCAUGCAAUUAAUUCGGCUAACACCCCCUAGCACAGGGUUUAUCGGACGACUUCACUGUUGAGCCACCAUGUCUCGUGAUCUUCCUGCUCAACAGUGCUCGUGGUCAGGGUACUCAAAGCAGCGCUUCAAUCAUUUUCCAUUUCUUUCGCCGGUCGUUUGGUACCACAAUGCUUUCUUCUUCGUUUUUUAGUUUUUUGCACUAACCAUAUACUUGUUCAAUCAUUUCAUUAUAUUUAUGGUAGUUGUUUUCAUCCAUCCUCUUGCUAGUGUUUCUAAUUUAAAUUGUUCCUUUUUGCUCUCGAAACAGGUCCUUGAUUGUAAUAGCACGAAUGAAUUGAUACCACACCUGCACACAUACAGCGUGUGUGUGUGUGUGUGUGCCUUUUUUGUCAAUUUGUUUUCCAAUAUCGAUUCACUACCCUUUAACUGCCAACGAUUUCCCCGCCCAAACCAUGGUGCUAAUACCACAUUUCGUGCCUAACUCACAGUGUGUGCUGUGUAUUCAGCUUUUUUUGCAGUUGUUUGUUACAUAGUUUUGCUUUUCUUGUGUUAAACCUUAACAAUCUAAUACGGAUCCACUACUUGUAAUGCCUGAAAUUAUUUAACCGCAGUGCAGAGGAUCUUCUUAGCGCAUUUGGCUAGAAUCACGAUCGAUUAUAUGUACACACAAAACAGUGGGAAGUUAGGGGUAAUAAAAACGCAAAAAUAUGGUGUUAAAAUUAUACAACGAUACAAGAAACAUUUGCUUGGCGCUUUAGGUUAACAUAAAAAAAUGUACUGGUGUAAAUAAUUUAGUACACGAAAUUACUUAACUCACAUCGACAAUCGAUUAGGUAAGGAAAAGAGCGAAAGAGAGCGUGAUAUAGAUAGAGAGCUCUUUCGAGGAUCUUUGUUCUUGUGAUCGUUUAUCGUGUUUUAGGAAGCUGCAGAUCGGUUUCUCUCUGUUGCUACAUUUUUCUAUGUAACCAACAAAAACCAAACCAAA